UUCCCAGAGUUGUCAGAGUCCUCAGUGUAUUGGAAAUUUCAAUUUGAAAUGUAACUGGCAGUUCACAGACGAACGUAGGUUUCUAUUCGGACAGAUACUAAAUGGUUUUAUAAACUACAAAAAACCAAAAAAAAAAUUACAAAAAAAAGGAAAAAAUAUAAAAUUAGUAGAUUGGCCCAGAGACACGCAAACAAAAUUCGGAAAUAUCUAUAAUGACCAUCCGAAGACUCAAGUGCGACCUCAGCCCCGAGCUAACCACCUGCCUCAAGCUAAAGGAUGCAGUGCGUCCCGACUGUUGUCGCGUCACCGACCCCAUUCCGUACGAUGGCGAGUGCUUUGUGCGGGACAUUGGCAAGGAGCUGGAGCAGCUCAGCCGGCGCCACGAGCGGAUGUUCGUGAAGCGGCGCCGCCUAAUGGAGAUGGCGAUUCCCAUCCGGCGCACCUGCCGCUUCGUGCCCAAGUGUGCCUGCCUCUUCAGCAAGACGAUCGAGAUGGUGCGCCCCUGCGACGCCCAGUCCCACACCCGUACUGAGCAGCUCGCCCUGCCCCUCGUCCGCCGGCUACUCAACCGGCGUCGCUCGGCCAUCCACAGCGGCGACAAGAUCGGAGAGUCCAUCCUCAACCGGUGGCUCCGCUACAGCUUCCUGUCCCUCUACAGUCGACUGGCCAACGUCAGGCCGCUGACCAAGCCCAAAAAGAAGAAAAAGAAGACGGAGAAGGCGUUGGCCAAACACGACCAAUAUAUUGAGAAGUUGGCCCAGCCAAAGAAAGUACCAACGCCCCCGAAACCGGAGCGGAAGCAGGGCGCGAGCGACAGCGAACGAUUGAAGAAGCUCUCGACCCCGAGGGCCUUCCACGAGGAGGUGAAGCGCAACUGGGAGCUCACCCCCGAAAUGAAGAACUACAAAGCCUCCAAGCGCAUCAAAGAAAUCUCCCAGCCCGUCACGCGGGAAAACGUUCAUAUCAACGAAUCGCCGGAGAAAGUCUCCCCAAACGCCCUCAAAUACAAGCCGAGUGCCAGGAUCAAGGAGAUGUCCGAGCCGCUCACUACACGCGAUGCCAACCAGGGAUUGGCGGACGUCAAGGAGAAUCCCUUCGGCAUUGCCCCGAAUGCCCUCAAGUACAAGCCCUCUUCGCGCAUCAAGGAGCUGGCGGAGCCCAAGGAGUUCGAGAAUACGCACAUCCGGGAGAAUCCCUUCGCCAUCUCGCCGGCGGCCCUCAAGGCGAAGGCCUCGCCGCGCCUCAUCGAGCUGGCCAAGCCCAAGGGCGGAUAGAGUGGAGGAGGAUCGUGAAGAUGUGGUCGCAGUCCCGUCCCGUGUCCACGUACUCACGUACCGUUUUUUGGCAUUUUGGUUAUUUAAGAUUAGCGUCUUUCUUUCGGCCGUCUUUGGUUUCACGUUUUAUAAUAAAUUUUUAGUAAAAA